AUGACGACGAUAGAUGGAGUAAUGGUGCUCUUCCCACCGCCAGAGGGCUAUGUGGUGAACUUUGACAACCCAGCAAGACAAGGUGUUCCAGAUGCGUAUCUCGUAGCUGGGUUCGGGUUGGCCAUCAGUUUCCUCUUCUUCAUGCAGAGGAUGUAUGUCAAGAUAUUUCUCACAGGAGGAUUGCAGUUCGACGAUUGGUUACUCAUAUUCUCAUACGCACUCGCUGUCGCGACAGUAGCUUUAUGUCUCGACAUGUUUGCUUCAGGGGCUGGAGGUGUUCAUGCUUGGGAAAUACCGAUUACAACAUUCAAUAGAUAUCUCAGGGACGUCUACGUAGCUGCCAUUAUAUAUGUCGUCUGCGGAUCCCUCGCCAAAAUUGCUCUCCUAAUUUUCUACCUCCGCCUGUCUCCUCAGAGAUGGUUCAAGAUUGCCGUUUACUCCUCUAUGUUCUUCAUCGGCGGAUAUACCGUUGGUCUGUUCUUCGCCGUCAUGUUUGCUUGCCAUCCUAUCAACAAAAACUGGGAUAUCACUGUUACAGGAGGUAGUUGCGUCAACCAGCCAGUAUUGUACUUUGCUACGGCAGCCGUCAAUAUCGCAAGCGACGUUAUCCUUUUUGUUCUCCCGCUCCCCAUGGUAUUUAAGCUUCAGCUACCUUUCAAGCAAAAGAUUGGCCUGAUGGGGAUCUUUACGAUUGGUUCUUUGACUGUUAUCACAUCCAUCGUGAGGAUAUCGCUUCUACCAGGAAUGUUAAAGAGUAUGGACUUGUCUUGGGAAAUUGCAUAUCCGAGUAUAUGGAUUAUCGUCGAGUCAAAUCUCAUUAUCAUGUGCGCUACGAUGCCGACACUCCGCAAGUUCUUCAAGCACGUCGCACCCAAGCUCAUCGGCGAGUCUCGCUAUGGCAGCAAAACAGGUCGAUCUUCGAAAUACGGCAAAUCUGACACUGCAGGCUCCAAGCUUGCCCCUUCGUCCCAAGGCCGACGUAAACGAACAAACUAUUCGCAAUUCGAUGAAGGACGUGAUUCACCUGCUGAAGACUUUAUUAUGGGACCCGUGAAGGGCGUGGGACAUGAGACGAGAACAAGUGUAGGGAACGCGGAUGAUACACAAACUGCUGGAUGGAUGGACUCGGAUUCAGAAAAGGGCAUCGUUGGCGGAACGAUCAAACCAGCCAUCUUACAGACGAAAACUGUGACGGUGCAGUAUGAGAGUUGA